AUGGCCUCAAGAAAAGGAGGCUUAGGAGUCCUACAAUUGGCGUUCGUGGCCGUCCAGGUCCAGUUGAAAUCGCUGGCCAGAUUACUUCGUCUCGGCAACCCCUUCGUCGAUAUAAUUUUUAACACGAUAUUGAACGAUCACAUGCAAAAGUUGUGCCAGUACAUUAACAUUACUGUCGGCAUAACUGGGGCCCGGGAGCUUAAUGAUACCCUCAAGGCAGCGCACGAACGCUGGUUCAGCAAAAUCAAGGACACCUAUAAAAUCAGAUCGAACUUCGCGCACGAAAAUGACCCCUUCGCCAACAGGUGGCUCAUAGAGGACUCCCGUCUCCUCAAGGACGGAGACAGGAUUCGCGCCCUACGCCUGAGAACGGGAAUUUACCCGUGUCGGGCGCUGUCGAACAAGCACGCACCUGACCCGGCAGAUCGGCUCUGCCACCACUGCAGACAGGGAGAAGAGACACCAGCCCACAUCCUCCAAUUUCGCGAGCGCUUCCACGGUCCCCGCAUUGAACGCCACAAAUAUCUAUGUGACCAGAUGGCUCGACUUAUAACCCAGUACAACCCCCACCCAGGCAAAAAUCUGGAGUGGGACCACUUCGAAGUGGAUUAUCGGACAGGAACCACUUGGAAUGUGGAACCAUUCAAUGGCUGGGACCAGUUAAAAGUGAAACCAGUUUCACGGUGGUACCACUUGUAG